CCGAGGAGGAAGCUGGAUGCUCCAGGGCUCAGUGGGAGUCCAGACUCUGCCAAGCCACCUUUGGACUCAAUUCACGGAAGCAGCAUGAAACUAGCAGCUGCCCUCCCUGGGCUGGCCUUGAUGCUCCACGCAGCGGCAGCCCUGAAAAUCUGCACCUUCAACAUCCAGAGUUUUGGAGACAGCAAACUGUCGGACCAGAGCGUUUCCAAAAUUAUUGUGAAGAUCCUGUCCCGGUACGACCUUGUCCUCGUGCAGGAGGUGAGGGAUGCUGAUCUCAGCGCAGUCCAGGAACUGCUGGGGCGACUCAACAGGGCCUCCAAGCACCCCUAUGACUACGUGGCCAGCGAGACGUUGGGCCGGGAGAACUACAAGGAGGCGUAUCUCUUCCUGUACAGGACAGAGAGCUUCUUCCUCGUGGACCAGUACCAGUACCCCAACCCCGACAGCGCCUUCAGCAGGCCUCCCUUCGUCCUGAAGUUCGCUGCUUCUAGCUCAAAGAAGGAGCUGGUGCUGGUGCCCCUUCAUACGCCCCCCAGUGACGCUGUGGCAGAAAUCGAUGCUCUCUAUGACGUCUACCUGAAGAUCAUUGACAAGUGGCAGACUGAUAACAUCAUGUUCCUGGGGGAUUUUAAUGCCGAUUGCAGCUACGUGGGGAAGAAAGACUGGAGCUCCAUCCGUCUGCGCACUAGUGAGGUUUUCCAUUGGCUCAUCUCAGACGACACGGACACCACCGUGGGCAAAUCCGACUGUGCCUACGACAGGAUUGUUGUGAGUGGCUCGAAACUAAGGAAGUGGAUUGUGCCCAAGUCCGCCAAAGUGUUUGACUUCCAGAGGGCAUUCAAGCUGAGCCAAGAGGAGGCUCUGGCCGUUAGUGAUCAUUUCCCCGUGGAAGUGGAGCUGACGUCCCCCUGAAUCUCUCUUGUUGCCGGGCUGUUCAGCCUCCAAGGGUGGGGCGAGAGGGAUGCAGGGCUUCUUGCUGCAGCCUCCACCACUCUGCAGGCACCAGCACCACACAUCCUGCCUUGCAAGCCACCUCUGGAUUUCCAGUGACUUGGAUUCCCGCUGGGCCUUGUCUUGACUGCGGCCUGGGAUCCUGAAGGAACGGCCUCUUUGACGUUUCUGAGCUGGAAAUGCGCUUGAACUUCCUCCACAACUGCUCCAGCCUGAGUGGCAGCCGCUACAUCCAACGAGAGUCCAUCUUUCCGACCCUUUUUCUGCUGGGUCUCCCCCGCAUCCCUCCCCUUUCCAGCCCCUGCUAAGCCAGAGGCAAGCAAAGGAUGCUGGGAAGGCUGUGACACCUGCUUCCCCAGCCGGGUUUCCCUCCAGCCAACUGGGCAGGCCUUGUCCCAAUGGGGAAGGCCACGGUGAGGUCUUGUAACAGGCUGGAGAUACACAGCACAAAUCCUUAGACAAAGGUCUUUUGAGAACUCUGAGACCCUAACACUCAUUAACUUACCUCAUGUAAUGAUGGGUUGUGCAACUAUGCCUGCAGCUCUUGGACAAAUAGUG